AUGGAAGUAGGGGAAUCCAACGAGAAUGAUCCACCAGCUGCCAAUUCUCAAGCAAGAACAACACAAUAUGCUACUGCUGCUGCCACUACUUCACCUUCUACUACUCAACGUCAUCGUGCUGUACCACGUGCACCUGCCACAUUUUCACAGCAACAACUAGAGAUAAAAUCGCGAUCAUAUUCUCGUUCACCAUCUCAAGAAAUUCAUUAUACGUUAGAAAAUCUCAACAGAUCACCAGUCCUUGAUUUAGCAAACAAAAGAACAGGACAAUAG